AAAUUUACAGUAGAAAGUGACGGCAAACAGCAACGCAAAUAUCCCUUCUCUCUCUCUACAUGGUAACAAAAUCAAUUUGAGUUAUUCUUUUACCAUUGACGAUUCUUUAAUAUGUAUAUACACGGUUGUUUAUUGACCAUUCUUUGGUCAUCUCCUUUUCCAGCUACUUGUCCACCUAUUAUUCCUUCCUUCCUCACCUCUACAAUGCUGUAUCAGUAGCCCCCAUUAUAUAUAUACACACACAACUUAACACUCUCAAAAUCGAAAAACCCAGAUAUGAAUUUGUUUCAUUCAGUCACAGGACUUGUUUGCCUCUUGAUUCUUGGGCUUUUUCCUUUUGUGUGUAUUGCGAUUCGUCCAGUUAACAGUCACAGAUUGUUCGGAUUUACAGAGGCACCGGAUUACAGGAAUGGAGCGGCUUGUCCAGUAACAGAACAAGCUGAAACGAUGUCGUAUUGUGACCCGUCUUUGGUUCACGUAGCGAUGACGCUUGACUCGGAGUACCUACGAGGAUCAAUGGCGGCUGUACACUCAGUCCUCCGCCACGCGUCGUGUCCAGAGCACGUGUUCUUCCACUUCAUAUCAGCUGAAUUCGAUCCGGAAUCUAACCCGCGGGUCCUGAUCCGACUCGUGAAAUCCAUCUUCCCUUCUCUCAACUUUCAAGUGUACGUUUUCAGAGAAGACAGUGUAUUAAGUCUCAUCUCAUCUUCGAUCCGAAUAGCACUCGAGAACCCGUUAAACUACGCCCGGAAUUACCUGGGUGAUAUACUUGACCCGUGUGUGAACCGGGUCAUUUACUUAGACUCCGAUGUAAUCCUCGUGGACGAUGUUCACAAGCUUUGGAAUGUUCAGCUUACCGGGUCACGGGUCAUCGGAGCACCCGAAUACUGCCACGCGAAUUUCACCAAGUACUUCACAGACUCGUUCUGGUCCGACCCGAUUUUUCCCCGGGUAUUCGGGUCAAGAAACCCGUGUUACUUCAAUACGGGCGUAAUGGUGAUGGAUUUGGAGAAAUGGAGGGAAGGUAAUUACAGAAUGAAGAUAGAGAGUUGGAUGAAAUUACAGAAAAGGACAAGAAUUUAUGAGCUGGGUUCAUUGCCACCAUUUCUGUUGGUUUUUGGUGGAAAUGUUGAGCCAAUUGAUCAUAAAUGGAACCAACAUGGGCUUGGUGGGGAUAAUGUGAAGGGCUCGUGUAGGUCACUGCACCCUGGUCCAGUCAGCUUGUUGCAUUGGAGUGGGAAAGGGAAGCCGUGGGUUCGGCUCGAUGAAAAGAAACCGUGUCCGUUGGAUUAUCUUUGGGAACCUUAUGAUUUGUACAAGCCAAUCAGCAGAACCAAGUAAAAACUUCAUCAAUUCGGAUUCUUUAUAUUUUUUUGUGUUUUCUUUUAUUGGGUGAUUCUUUGGUAGCAAUGUACAGAUUGAUUAGUUGAAAGAGGAAAUUAGUGGGUCAUAAUUGAAAUUUUGAUGAUUUAAUCUUUUGGUGGGGAUUAGAAUUUGUUGGUGGUUCCAUUGAUUGGAAAUUUUUUGGGGGAUUCAUUGGAUUUGUAUGUACGGACAUAUUGAGAAAAGGAAUAACAACUUUGUUGUUCUUUCUA